CCUUUUUCACAACGACAUUCUUCUCUGAUUCCAACUUGACGAUCACCGAGCUACGGUACAAUCUGUCCGCAGCAGCACGAAACUAAUUUAAUUGCAUCCUGAAAAGGAAUCGAGAUGUUUUACACAUGUGGACCCAAUGAAGCCAUGGUGGUGUCUGGCUGCGGCCGUACUCCACCUCUGAUGAUUGCUGGAGGAAGAGUGUUUGUCAUCCCGUGUAUCCAGAAGAUCCAGAGAAUCACACUCAACACUCUAACUCUGAACGUGAAGAGUGAUAAAGUCUACACCCGUCAUGGCGUCCCCAUCUCGGUCACCGGCAUCGCACAGGUGAAGAUUCAGGGUCAGAACAAGGAGAUGCUGGCCACAGCCUGCCAGAUGUUCAUGGGGAAGUCUGAGGCCGAGGUCGCUCAGAUCGCUCUGGAGACACUGGAGGGCCACCAGAGAGCCAUCAUUGCUCAUCUGACGGUCGAGGAGAUCUACCAGGAUCGUAAGAAGUUCUCUGAGCAGGUGUUCAAGGUGGCCUCCUCCGACCUGGUCAACAUGGGCAUCGGUGUGGUCAGCUACACCCUGAAAGACGUCCACGAUGAUCAGGAUUACCUUCACUCUCUGGGAAAAGCCCGAACAGCCCAGGUCCAGAGAGACGCGAGAAUCGGAGAGGCUCAGUAUAAACGCGACGCUGUUAUCAGGGAGGCUCAUGCAAUGCAGGAAAAGGUUUCUGCGCAGUACAAGAACGAGAUCGAAAUGGCGAAAGCUCAGAGAGACUUCGAGCUGAAGAAAGCAGCCUACGACAUCGAGGUCAACUCCAGGAAGGCCGAGUCAGAGAUGGCCUACCAGCUUCAGGUGGCGAAGACCAAGCAGCGCAUCGAGGAGGAGAAGAUGCAGAUUCAGGUGGUGGAGCGAACGCAGCAGAUCACGCUGCAGGACCAGGAAAUCAUCCGCAAAGAGAAGGAGCUGGAGGCCAAAGUUAAGAAACCCGCAGAAGCUGAGAAAUACCGGAUGGAGAAGUUAGCCGAGGCGCAGCGCCUGCAGCUCAUCAUGGAGGCUGAGGCUGAGGCAGAGUCGAUUAAGAUGAGGGGCGAGGCCGAGGCUUUCGCUGUGGAGGCUAAAGGUCGCGCUGAGGCAGAGCAGAUGGCCAAAAAGGCCGAGGCCUUCAAGCAGUACAAAGAUGGAGCCAUGGUGGACAUGCUGCUGGAGAAACUUCCUCUGAUGGCUGAGGAGAUCAGCAAGCCAAUGUCGAAGGCGCAGAAGAUCACCAUGGUGUCCAGCGGCGGCUCAGAGGUGGGAGCCGCCAAACUGGCUGGAGAGGUUCUGGACAUCAUGACCCGGCUGCCUGACGUUGUGGAAAAACUCACAGGAGUUGAAAUCUCACAGGCCGCUUCGAAGGCGUCCCGUGUGCGUUAGGAAGGGUGAUCAUCUGAGAGCGCCACGCCUCCUCCUCGUGUCCAAUCCGUACCGUCUGUCCAUGCAUGUUUCCCCUCCUUUCUGUGGCUUCUGCUCAUUUCCUGGAUGUUUGCUGUUUUUCUCCCCAUCGUUACCGACCACAGAAGCACUCGGAUGUUUUUGGGCCUGUCGGAGCCGUAGCCGCGCAGCCCACCAUAGCUCAACAUGAAGUCGGAGCUGCUGCCUUUUUAUACCCGAUUUUCAAUAUGCAACUUCUUGCCUUGUGGUUUUCCUCUUCGUUCCUGCGAAGGAGCUGGACCACGGAACCAUCACUCCUCUGAUCAGAGUUCAGAGGUCACUGUGCCUUUUUUUAAUUUGUUACAGAACGCAAAGUGCUUUAGCAAGUUCAGGGAGCCCGAAUUACACCUGCUGCUGCAAUGGAAGAACUGUCCCAUCACUUGAAGAACGGCUCCUCUCUGCUGUUUGAAAUCAGGACUGAAAUGUUGGAAAACCUCUCAAAUUUUCCACUUGUUUACUAUAAUAAUUGUCGUUCUCUCUGCAGUCCUGACUGUUUAUAACAUAGAGCUCUUAAAUCAGAGUUGUCAAACUCAUUUUCCUUUUGGGCCAAAUCAAGACCAUAAAUGUUCUUAAAUGGGCUGGUUGUGUCAGAAUGCGUUGAUAAAACUCAUUAAACUGUUAAAAUAUAAAUAAUUUCUUAAAAUUAAACGCUGAACAUAUUUUCAGUCACUCCAAGAUUUCACAAUCGAUUUUUUUGCAUAAAAAAAUCGUCAUUACUCACCGCAUCACUAGACAUAAAGUAAGGUCGAGGCAGCUAAUUAGUAGAAGUAUAGUAGAAAACCAGAUUUUCUUUUGUGAAAAACAAACUCUCGCAAGUUUCCACAAUAAUUCACAAAAAACCGGAGUGACGAAUUGAUGCAAUUUGGCUGUAAACGGAUCAAAACUGCUUCAAAUUGAUGAAAUAAUAUUUAAGCUUGCCGUUAUCUGGACGGUUCCAUUUCUGUGUCCCUUUGGAGCCAAGAGGGCCACAUAAAGAGCUGCGGCGGCCCAGAUUUGGCCCCCGGGCCUAGAGUUUGACACAUCUGUUUUAAAUCCUCUGUGGUAAUUAAAUGACUUCUCACUGCUAGUGUUGUUGUCCAUUGGCUGCAUUUCUUAUCAGUUUGAAUUGCAGGCUGAGGGAUUUCUGUCUCAAAAUGUCGGAGUAAGUGUUCGAUGGGUACAAGUUUUGAGGUUUUCCUGUUCGAUGCAUUGAAAGUGUCUGGUGGUUGGAGAAAAGCAUGUUGUCUCUUUGAAGCAUGCAGCUGCUCUCUUUGAGGUCUGGGCUUUUUUUAUGCUGUAGAGACGGAAUCUGCACUAACUAAUGUCACAAUUCACACAUCAGUUUGUGUAUGUUUUUUUUUCUCUUCUUGGCGUUUAAAUUAGACAUAGGAUGUUUUUCCAAUUUUGAUCGUACCGAACCUUUAAAUGGUAAAAAUCAUACAGGAUAUUUGAGACGUUCUAAUAUAACUGCAGGUGUAUUCUUAUAAUUUUUUUUAUAUGUAUAUUAACUACUAGUUGCAUCUGUAUAAAAUUUUAUAGACUUUUACCCAAAAGGUUUUGCAUCAGUAAGCCUUCUUGCGGUCGAUGUGAUUCUUGUGAAGAAUGCUUCGAAAACAUUUGUUGCAUGGCUACUUAAACUGACAUGAACGUAAAUCAUAUUUAGUGUGGAACUGCUUGUAUUAAACAGUCAGUAGUGAACGAUUAAUAAAAUGUUAAACUCACCGAAAACAGCCUGGUGUUUGUACACAGUGUGAGGCCGCUCAGUUUUAUUUGAAAAGGGUAACUUUAAUAAAACCUCUACAAAAAUAGAACAGCAAUGAAUAAGAGCUUGAAGAUAACAAGCGUUUCUAUAGCAACGAUGAAAAUGUGACAGGGAGUUAUCUAUAUAUUAGUAAAGAAAACUGUAAUCCUGUCCUUUGAAUAUGUACAUACUGUGAACAUUAGAACAGAGAGAUGAAAUCGGACAGAUUGGGAAGAGUUGUACUAAAAUGUUAAGUACAAACAGCUUCAAUACUAUAAUUUUACUAAAAGGGACAAAAAUGUGAUGGUCAUCACCAGAUUUUAAAAUUGUGUUAAUACAACCUGAACUGAGACGCAUUCUUUAAUAAAUCGAGACAAAUCAGAGGCUCAACAUGUGCGAGUUAACUGAGUGCUGAACAAAUACAUUUUAUCAGCUGUUUAAACUCAAGUUUUAGCAGCUUGCUAAUGUGUAAUGGUACCACUGACCUGAGAAAAACGUGUUUUUGGUCAUGAAAUUGAAGAGCUAUGCAACCAUUUCUGCACAAUUUGGAAUCAAAUGAUUAAAAUAAAACCAUUUCAGACUGAACACCUCAAUAUGCAUGAGGGAUCUUCAAUACAACAUAAUUAGAAGGCUGAACAACUAUUGGAUGGACAUUUUAUAUGGAUAUUGACACAUUCCUCUGUUAAAUAAAAGAGCUUAUGGUAAAAAGAUCUGGUGCAGUACUGCUUGAGGAGAAGCGUCUAAAUAAAUCAGCUAAGAAAUCCCAAAAUUUCAGUCAAAUUUUGAAAUUAAGCUGAAUAAUUCAAGUCAUAUAUAUAUCAAAGUGUUGAGUAAACUGUCUCUGUUCUGGUUUGGCUCAUUGAAAUAUAGUUCCAGGACCUUGGAGGAUAAAACUUGUACCAGUAUGAAACAAUAUUUCCAAUAUUUUUUAAAAGUAAUUUUAAAACACUCUUUUUGAAACAAACAUUUUGAGUCGAAAAUGAUCAAACUGUACCUUUAAGCCCCUGUGUAGGGUGCUGGUUUGCUGGGUCUCCAAGCUAUUGCACUAACAUUUCUCUCGACUUUCUCCUCUUCUCCGGACAAUCCUCCUUAUAAAUUGGCAAUACAUUCAUCACACAGUCUCUAUUUGCCAACUUUCAUGUGCUCUCUCUCAUUCUUUCAUGCCUUUUUAUUUUAUAUUCCUCAACUUUUAUUCUGUAAAUACAUGUAAACUGUUCUGCCCUUCAAGCCUGAACACAACUGAGAUGGAGAAAUAUGGCAAAUUCAAGCAAUGAUGAAUAAAAUGAACCAAGGCACCCCAAACAGGAUGGACGUCUUCAAGCUAUUGCUGCUACAGCUUCGUAAUCAUAGACAAUGAUGCAGUAAUAUGAUUUUGUUCAUUUCAGGAAAUAAUCUGGUGACGACCAAAAACAUCUCUUGAAAUCCCUUAAAUUGAAAGUGAGUGCACAUACAUUUUAUUAUAACCGAGCUAAAAAGAAAAAACAAAAAGUGAACUACAGUGUAUCAAAAUGAAUGAAAUGGCACAACCAAUCACUAAACAUGUAUUACUUCACAAUCAGGGUGAUCUCAGAUUUACAGAGCUGUACAGACAGUAAGGUAGAAGCACUGGUUCCACCGCGGUCAGCUUACACAUGGAUCAACGCAGAGAUAGACUUUCACUCCAAAAAAAAAA